AUGACCUCUUCUCUCCAAUUUCCAAAGACUGAAUACACCAUCUUGUCGGAACCUGAGCCUCAUGUCUUGCUCAUCACCAUUAACAGACAGAAACAAUACAACGCUUUACAUUCGGGCGCAAAUUGGGAGUUGCAUAACGUAAUUAAUUGGGCAGAGGAAGAAGAGUCCAUUUGGUGUAUUAUUAUCACCGGUGCUGGCGGUAAAGCUUUCUGUACAGGCAUGGAUCUCGUCAAUGCUCAUCAUGCUCGUGCCGACGACAAGCAAUCAUUGGGUGGAUCUACUUUACCUCCUUCUGGUUUCGGUGGUCUCAGCAACCGUCGUUCAAGCCGUAAACCAGUGAUUGCUGCAGUAGAUGGCUUUGCUCUUGGUGGUGGUAUGGAGAUGGUAGUAUCAUGCAACAUUGUGGUUGCUACAGAGAAAUCCAAAUUUGGUUUGCCAGAGGUAAAGCAAGGUGUGGUCAUUGCUGCAGGUGGUCUUGCUCGUUUAGCUCGCUCUGUGAGCUACCAGGUCGCUUCAGAACUCGUCUUGACAGGACGUUUUAUGAAGGCAGAUGAGGCGAAACAACACGGUCUUGUCAACGAAAUCAUUCCCGAUGGUGCCAAUGUGGUGGAUGCUGCUAUUGCGUGGGCCAAGCAAAUCACUGCCAACUCGCCUGAUGCCGUCUUCUUGACAAAACAAGGUCUUUUGUUGGCUCUUGAACGUGCCUCCAUGACAGACGCUACUACAGAAUGGAUGGAAUCUCCUGAAGCGGCUGUCUGGAGAGAUGGCGAUAAUCUGACAGAAGGCUUGAUGGCUUUUGCUCAAAAGAGAAAGGCCCAAUGGAGAAAUCCUGCUUCUAUCAAAUCCAAGUUGUAA